CCCACCUAGCUCUAACUCCUGUUCCUGCUGCUAUCUUUCUCUCAUCUCCAUCUUCAUCUUCACGUUUUAAGUACAUUCCUUAUUUUCCUUAAUCUGCUACAACGUUAACUCGUCGCAUGUUUCUUCCCUCGUUUUGAGGCCAAUUAAUAUGUCAGAACAGGGUUCGUUUUCCGGUGUCACGGGCUCAGAACCCAAAGAGAUGAAAAAGAAGGUUCCUUUGCUGAAGCUCUUCUCCUUUGCCGACUUCUACGAUUGGGUUUUGAUGGGUGUUGGAUCUGUUGGGGCAUGCGUUCAUGGUGCUUCUGUGCCUGUUUUCUUUAUCUACUUCGGAAAGAUAAUCAACGUCAUAGGCUUCGCUUACCUUUUUCCCCAAGAAGCUUCCCACAAAGUUGCCAAGUAUUCGUUGGAUUUUGUGUAUCUAAGCAUUGUAAUAUUGUUUUCAGCUUGGAUAGAGGUGGCUUGUUGGAUGCAUACUGGGGAACGUCAAGCUGCAAAGAUGAGGAUGGCAUAUUUAAGGGCAAUGUUGAAUCAAGAUAUAACUCUUUUUGAUACCGAGGCAUCAACUGGAGAGGUUAUUUCUUCUAUUACUAGUAACAUCAUCGUUGUUCAAGAUGCACUGUCUGAGAAGGUUGGGAACUUCAUGCACUACAUAAGCCGAUUUAUUGUGGGCUUUACCGUUGGUUUUGUGAGAGUGUGGCAAAUCAGUUUAGUGACACUUGCCAUUGUACCCUUAAUUGCCCUGGCUGGAGGCCUUUACGCAUACGUGACAAUUGGUCUUAUUGGAAAAGUUCGAACAGCGUAUGUGAGGGCAGGUGAAAUUGCUGAAGAGGUGAUAGGCAAUGUGAGAACAGUACAAGCAUUUGCAGGAGAAGAAAGAGCAGUGAUAUCAUACAAAGCGGCUCUGUUGAAAACAUAUAAAAAUGGUCGAAAAGCAGGUUUAGCAAAGGGUCUGGGACUAGGCUUUAUGCAUUGUGUGCUUUUCCUAUCAUGGGCACUUCUUGUUUGGUUCACUAGUAUUGUUGUUCAUAAGAAUAUUGCCAAUGGUGGCGAUGCUUUCACUACCAUGCUCAAUGUAGUCAUCUCUGGCCUGUCACUUGGGCAGGCAGCACCAGAUAUUUCUGCAUUUAUCAAAGCAAAGGCAGCAGCUUAUCCCAUUUUUGAGAUGAUAGAGAGGGACACAGUGAGCAAAGUCACCCCAGAAAAUGGUCAAAAAUUAAGCAAAUUAGAAGGUCACAUCAAAUUUAUGGAUGUCAGUUUUAGUUAUCCAUCUCGUCCUGAUGUGAUUAUCUUCAACAAUUUUUGUCUUGAGAUUCCUUCAGGGAAAAUUUUAGCCCUUGUGGGAGGAAGUGGUUCUGGAAAGAGCACAGUUAUAUCAUUGAUGGAGCGCUUCUAUGAACCACUUUCUGGCCAAAUACUAAUAGAUGGGCACAAUAUCAGGGAACUUGAUCUCAAAUGGCUUAGACAGCAAAUUGGACUGGUUAACCAAGAACCUGCACUUUUUGCUACAAGCAUCAGGGAGAACAUACUGUAUGGAAAAGAUGAUGCCACUCCGGAAGAAAUAAAUAAAGCUGUGAGGCUUUCUGAUGCUUACACUUUCAUUAACAAUCUUCCUGAUGGAUUAGAUACUCAGGUUGGUGAGAGAGGGAUACAAUUAUCAGGGGGACAAAAACAAAGGAUUGCAAUAUCUCGUGCUAUAGUUAAGAAUCCAUCAAUCCUUUUACUAGAUGAAGCAACUAGUGCUUUGGAUGCAGAGUCCGAGAAAAGUGUACAGGAGGCUCUUGAUCGUGUCAUGGUUGGUAGAACAACAGUGAUAGUUGCACACAGACUUUCUACCAUUAGGAAUGCAGAUAUGAUUGUUGUUAUUGAGAAAGGGAAGGUGGUCGAAAUUGGCAAUCAUGAGGAACUCAUAUCCAACCCAAAUAGUGUAUAUGCAUCUCUUGUUCAAAUCCAACAAACAACCUCUUCUCAAGGCCACCUUUCUGUAGAUCCUUACAUUGGAGGGUCAUCAAGGCGCCUAGGAGAGUCAUCAUCACGUGGAACAAGCUUUCGUGGUAGUUUUCGUUCUGAUAAAGAAUCUAUUAACCGGGCUUUUGCUGAUGGAGAAGAAAGUGUUGGAAGUUCAAGGCGUGUCUCAAAUAGAAAACUAUAUUCCAUGAUUGGUCCUGACUGGUUUUAUGGUGUUUUUGGAACCUUGUGUGCAUUUGUUGCUGGAGCACAAAUGCCACUUUUUGCUCUUGGAAUCUCUCAAGCUCUCGUAUCUUAUUACAUGGACUGGGAUACAACACGCCAUGAAGUGAAAAAAAUUUCUCUCCUCUUCUGUGCGGCUGCAGUUUUAACUGUCAUUGCCCAUGCCAUUGAACAUCUUUCCUUUGGAAUCAUGGGGGAACGACUUACCCUUCGUGUGAGAGAAAAAAUGUUUUCUGCUAUUUUGAAGAGUGAAAUUGGCUGGUUUGAUGAAUUAAACAACACAAGUUCUAUGCUUUCGUCACGUUUAGAGACUGAUGCAACAUUCUUAAGAACUGUUGUUGUUGAUCGUUCAACCAUUCUUCUGCAAAAUGUUGGUCUGGUUGUUACUUCAUUCAUUAUUGCCUUCAUGUUGAAUUGGAGGAUCACGCUUGUUGUAUUGGCCACAUACCCUUUGAUCAUUAGUGGUCACCUUAGCGAGAAACUAUUCAUGGGAGGAUUUGGUGGCAACCUUAGCAAAGCAUAUCUUAAAGCCAACAUGUUGGCUGGGGAGGCUGUGAGUAAUAUCCGCACUGUGGCUGCAUUUUGUGCUGAACAAAAGGUCCUUGACCUUUAUGCCAAUGAGCUUGUGGAGCCUUCAAAGCGUUCAUUCAAUCGUGGCCAAAUUGCUGGCAUAUUCUAUGGCAUUUCCCAGUUCUUUAUUUUCUCAUCUUAUGGCCUUGCCUUGUGGUAUGGAUCUGUGUUGAUGAAAAAGGAGCUUUCUGGCUUCAAAUCAAUUAUGAAGUCAUUUAUGGUUUUAAUCAUAACAGCAUUAGCUAUGGGGGAGACUUUGGCACUGGCACCUGACCUUUUGAAAGGAAAUCAAAUGGUUGCAUCAAUUUUCGAAUUGAUGGAUAGAAAGACAGAAAUAUUGGGUGAUGUUGGAGAAGAGCUAAAGACAGUGGAAGGGACAAUUGAGCUAAAAAGAAUCCAUUUCAGCUACCCUUCAAGGCCACAUGUGGUUAUUUUUAAUGAUUUCAAUCUUACAGUGCCCGCAGGAAAGAAUAUUGCCUUAGUGGGACAUAGUGGUUGUGGUAAAAGCUCAAUUAUCUCCCUUAUACUCAGAUUUUAUGACCCAACAUCUGGGAAGGUGAUGAUUGAUGGAAAAGACAUCAAGAAACUCAAUUUGAAAUCCCUUAGGAAACAUAUUGGUCUAGUGCAACAAGAACCUACUCUUUUUUCAACAUCAAUUUAUGAAAACAUUCUUUAUGGAAAGGAAGGAGGCUCGGAAUCAGAAGUGAUUGAAGCUGCUAAACUUGCCAAUGCUCAUAACUUUAUCAGUGCUCUUCCUGAGGGCUACUCCACCAAAGUAGGUGAGAGAGGGGUUCAACUUUCUGGUGGCCAGAAACAAAGGGUAGCUAUUGCCAGGGCUAUUUUGAAAAACCCUGAAAUUUUGCUGCUAGAUGAAGCCACUAGUGCACUGGAUUUGGAUUCGGAGCGUGUGGUGCAACAAGCUCUAGAUAAAUUGAUGCAGAACAGAACAACAAUUAUAGUGGCACACAGGCUAUCCACAAUAAGAAAUGCUGACCAAAUAGCAGUUUUAGAGGAUGGAAAGAUAAUUGAGCGAGGGACUCAUUCAAGACUUGUGGAGAACACAGCGGGAGCAUACUACAAAUUAGUCAACCUUCAACAACAACAACAUAAUGAAUGACAUAACCAAAAAUAACAACGAAUUAUUUUAUCUUGAAUCAAUUUGAACAUUUACCCUUUUUUAUGUUUUUAUUAUUAUUUUUAAACAAAGCAAAAGAGAAAGUACAUAAUAUUAGUUGAUAACGCCCCAAUAAAAAGAAGAGACUAGAACACAUUUAUUCAUCCACCUGGAUGCCCAUAAA